AUGCGUCGGGAGAGCGCCACCUCCGGCCAGGUGGAUGGUCCCCAGUCCGAUUACAUUGUGCUAGAACUUAAGUGGAACCCGCCUGCGGAUACGUACGGUGAGCUGAAAGGCUAUCAGGUCUCCUACCGGCUGAUUGGGCCACCUGAACUGCUGCAGGAAGAGGCUGUGAAUAGCGGCGGUGGUGGUGGCAGCGGUGGACAUGCCGAGAGAACACCUCAGACGCAUGCAGUACGCCGUAAUGUGACGGAUACCUCCUAUACAUCAACCCAAAUAGACAAUAUUCGACUAUCGGUAGAUCUGAAUGACGGCGCUGUAAACUACACACUUCCAGUCGCGAAAGCCUACAGUGGAAAAGACAGACCUAAUUCGGAAAUCCCAAAGAUGGAUUACGCUGGACUGAAUUUUUGUGAGUGCAGAAACACCAUCUUCGGCUAG